CACACACACACUGAUCUGACAUGCGGGAGAGAGAGAGAGAGAGAGUGUGUGUGUGUGUGUGUGUGUGCGCGCGCGCGCUCAUAUACCCGCUCUCUCACGUGUGAUAGUGAAAGUAAAUGUCACUGGAGCGCGAGCCGCACUGACACUCGGAGGAGUUCCACAACCGACCCGCUACUGGACCCGUUACCGGAACCGCUACUGGACCCGGUACUGGACCCGGUACAGGACCCUACAGCACGGAGAGAGAGAGAGAGAGAGAGAGAGAGACGCGGGGCCCACACACAGUGUGUCACGGAGCUGCGCAAUCACAGUGUGUGUGUUUCUCACUGCAGACACACAGGACGAUGAGGACAUGAGCUCUGGUGCUCUCUACGCCGGCGUGAUGAAGGGGAACGCUCGGGCCCUGUUGUUUGUCCUGACUGGAGUCGCCCUUACCGCGAGUGUGUGUGACGCUGACUGUCUGCCCAGUUUUAAUGAGUAUAUCAAUAAUAAUCUCUUAAAGGAUCACUGGUAUGAGAUGAAGAAUUACACUCGCACUGGUGAGGAGGCUACGGAGGAGCACGAAUUCCUCUCGGUCUUUAACCUGCUCUGUUCGUCUAUACAAGCCAAUGCAGAGUUUUAUAAUAAGACUUAUAAUGAAACACUGCCCUGUAGUGAUGAGAAGAGCAAGCGGGCAAAUAUAGUGUGGGUUUACACAGAAAUGGUGAAAUAUCUGGUAAACAACCAUGAUUUGACUAUAUCUGACGUCAGCCAGUUAUGUAAAUAUAAUUCCUGCUUAACGUCUUAUGGCACAAGUUUCAUCAACAUUACACAGUUUCUGUCCAUCUAUCUUAAAUUGUGUGAAAACUCCAGAGUGAUCCCAGCAUGCCCAUCCCCGUCCCCAUCCCCAUCCCCGUCCCACUCUCCAUCCCCAUCCCACUCUCCGUCCCCGUCCCCAUCCCCAUCCCCGUCCCACUCUCCAUCCCCGUCCCACUCUCCAUCUCCGUCCCCAUCUCCAUCCUCCUCUCAAUCUCCGUCCCCGUCCCCAUCUCCGUCCCCAUCUCCUUCCUCAUCUCCGUCCCCAUCCCCGUCCCCGUCUGCGGCCCCGUCUCCGUCCCCCCAGAGUACAACAGCAGCAGCAGUGAGUUCCUCAACGACUUCUCCUGCGCCAGACCAGAAGACGUCCUUAAAGCCGAGUCGCGCUAAAGAACCCUCAACAGAAGCUGCUUUGAUGGACACAAUGAAGGACGGCCCUGUGUGUUCUUCAGAGACUCAGCGUUUACUGGUGAUAUCACUGGUGCUGAAUGUCGUCCUCCUCUUCCUCCUGCUCAUCAUUGGACUUUACCGUAUAUGUAAAGAAUCUCCAUGUCCUAAGUUUCAGGGCUCUGUUCCUCCAGAGUGCAUGUCAUUGCAGUAUGUAAAUACAGAAACUGACAACCAGAGUUUGGAUGAAGGUUCUUCACCAUAAACGCGUCUGCAGUGGAGGAGCUUCAGGAGAGUUAUAGAUGGAGUUCUCAGUGACGCGUCAAACACACAGGCUGGAUUUGGACUGAAGCUGGUGAUGAUUAUAAACUGAUACGUUCAUCAUCUGGUGGAGUGUGUGUUCCUCCUGUGUGUGUGUGUGUAUAUAAACCUCAACAAACCCACAGCUAAAACCUGAUCUGUGGAUUGAGAAGGAAAAGGAAAUCCUGAUGUAAAAAUGAGUGAGUCCACCUGAGGGACAACAUCUCGUCUCACACGUAUUGUCCAUCUGAGUGAAGGAUCACCGCGUCACAUAAUGAACACAAAACCAGAAACUCAUAACGCUGCAGAGAGCGAGCGGCGGCCCCCGGAGCCUGCGCGAGGUGUGUGUGACUGCGGUUAAACAGGUGGUGGCGCUGUGAGACUCUGAUUGUGCUCCAUUAUUGAGGAACCUCAUAAACCUUAAACCUUAUCACAUGAUGCAUUGAAUCGGAAUUGACUGAUCACAUCGCCAUGGCAACACCUAUGAAGAUAUCAACAAUCUACAGCUUACACACUGUUAUAUGUUAUAUGUUAAUAUAUAUGCCUAUUGUGUGUGUGUGUGUGUGUGUGUGUGUGUGUGAGUGAGAGACGUGUUGUAGUGCAGUAAAUCUCUUUCUAAAGCAGAAGCUGUGACGCGUUUCACCUUCGCAGCAAAUCCCGAGCUCUUGCCCCGCCCACUUUCCCCAUAACAACAUGUGUUAAAUGGACCUACAGUAGAGACAUUUGCAUUCUCAGAUCUGAUUGGCUCAUAUAGAUAAUGAUGCAAUACCACGUCCUGGUCAUGUGGUCACUGCCAAGAUGUUUAUCCCUGUGAAAUAACAGAAUAAUAAAAUAAUAUACACAUGUUGCAUGUUCAAAAGGUCAAACUGGGGUUAAACAGAUGUUCUCUGGCCAGUGCUCAAGAAAAUGAUAUAAGCUAAUUAUUAUAAUAGUAUCAUAAAUAUAUAAUUAUAUAGAAAUGUAAAUAUGACAUAUGAUGUUAAUGUUAAUAUUAAUAAUAAAUUGAUUAUUUAUGUCAUAUUUAACACUGACUGUGUGUGUGUGUGUGUGUUUCAUACCGCAGUGUGUUUCUGAUGUGUAAAGGUUUAUUUAUAUACAGUUUAUGGUUAAUGAUGUGCUGAUGAACUGCAUGAAUAAUAAACGUCCUGGUGUUAAACUGGUUUUUACACUUUUAUUAUCAGCUCUUUCUGGAGUCUGGAGUAGAUCAGACAACAGGCUGAGGUCAUGAGACUGUGCAGUCCUCAGUGAGUCACGCGUGAGACUGCAGAACGGAGACGGCAGCCGGGAAGCAGCUGAUCAUCCUGUGCUGUUGUGGAAUCUGAUCGAUGUUCUACACGUGCUGGUCUCACUGGGACGCAUCACCGACAUCCCUGCAGAUCCACACCAGAUGUUCCUUCUAAUUGGAACUAUGUGACGUCUGAAGGGGAAGAUCAUGGUGUAGUGGAGCAUGUGCACUCUCAUGUGAGGGACACAAUGACACACUAACUGUCCAUUAUAUGAGCACGUGGACAUUUUAAGGAUCCCGCAGCAGAUAAUCAGAACUUUGUAAGAUGUGGAGAUUGGCAUGGACCUGAGCUCCUUCUGUAAACUGUACAAAGAUCCUUCAGAUACUGAGAGAUAACAAAUGAAAAGAGGAGAAGGAGAAGUGUGUGUGUGUGUCUGGUGUGUGUGUGGGGCCCCAUGAUCUAGAUAUAAUUCACUUAAUUAAAGCAGGUCUGUCCUGAUUCCAGGAUCAAACCUCAGAACAGCUAAGAAGGACAUGA